UAAAAUUUAAGUCGUAGACUUGCAACAGAAGGGAUUGAUUGGCAAAGGUUUAAUCAAAUUGCAAUUUUUUUUUUUUUUUUUGUUAUCAUGGUGAUGCUUAUAUUCUUUCCUUUUUGACAACACUUCCAACCGUUUUUUUUAGCUGCAUUUAAAACUUUGGAAGUGUACCAUGCCAUCAAACAACAAACCACCACAGUUUCUCGGAAAUUUCCUUCCUCUCACUCUUUCAAUCAAUCAUUUUCUAACUCCUCAAGAAAUCAAACUUACAAUGUCAUCUUAUCUUUUUCAUUAAUGCACCAAAAUUCCAUUUCAGGCCAACAUCUGAAGAUGGUGAGAGUUGUGAAGAAUUGCCUUCAAUUUUCUUUAAAACUUGUGAAUUCGACUAUAGGAUUUGUGGGGAUCGCGAUGAUUCUGUACAGUUUGUGGAUGAUUAGAGUUUGGCAGCGCGACAUGGAGGUAUCGUCAGUUUAUGAGUAUAGCUCAAAAUUUCCAUGGUUUAUACAUGCUUUUCUUGGUAUUGGUUUCACCUUGUGUGCAAUUACAUUUCUUGGACACAUUGCUGCAGAUACUGCAAAUAAUCAUUGCCUCUCUUGUUAUAUAUCUAUUAUCUUUUUACUUCUCCUGUUAGAGACUGCAAUUCUAGCAGAUGUGAUCCUGAACUCUGACUGGGAAAAGGACUUGCCUGAAGAUCCAUCGGGAAGGUUUGAUGAUUUCAAACAUUUUGUGGACUCGAAUUUCGACAUCUGCAGAUGGAUUGGCUUGCUGAUUGUCUUGGCACAGGGGUUAUCGAUAUUGCUGGCCACGGUUUUGAGAACACUUGAGACGAAUCAGGCAAACGACUACGACAGCGAUGAUGGCUUUGCUCCACCCAGGCUGCCUCUUUUGAACCGCCAUGCCCAUCCCCUGCCCUAUUUUGUUGGCGACCCGAACUUUGCCUCCAAGAAUGAGGCCUGGAAGACAAAUAAGUGAACUGAGUUGCGCUAAAUGUUCCGUUUACACGAGGAAGAAGAAGCUUGUGGAAGUGCAGUUAUCAGUUUGGUAUCAGCAGCAUAAAUUUCCCAAGUGCAUCAGAAUAGUUGAUGGAGAUGCUUACAAUGGUGCUAGAACAUCUGUAACCAAAAUUGCUAUAGGACUCCUCUAUAUGAACAAUUAAUAGUGAUCAGAAGAAUAUAUUAGUGGAUGUAUUUCUCAAUAUUUGUAUGAUUAAGAUCAUUAUUGUCUGUUAAUAUUUUUUUAGUCUAGUUAAAAUCA